AUGUCCAAUACAGAUUUUGAAGUUCUCUCAAAACUACCCUCAAAUAUUCAUAACAUAGUACUACCUCGUUAUUUUAAUUCUCCUUUAGAUUUAAAUCAAUUACCAAAAAGUUUGAAAUCAUUAAGUAUGAGCCACAAUUUCAAUAAUACCCUUUCAAAUUCGACAUCAACCAAUCAUCUUGUUUCUUUAUCUUUUAGUCACUUAUUUAAUGAAGUUAUUUUACCAUCAACUCUACCACCAACCUUAAGAAUCCUCAAACUAUCAAAUAAAUACAACCAUCCAUUUUUAGAAAACACUCUUCCUUCAAGUCUCCAAUCAUUAUAUUUAGGGUUUUGUUAUGAACAGCCACUCGAAAACUUGCCAAAUCAAUUGUUAAUAUUAGAAAUAGCUUCAUUUUUUAGCCAAACACUGUCAAAGUCAAUUUUACCACCAAGUUUAAAGUAUCUUUUAUUGGGAAGUGUAGAAACGUUUGAACUAUUUGAAACAAUACAACCAAUCGAAAAUAUAUUUAUGUGUGAAGGUUUUAAAGUUCAAAAGACUAUAAAUUGUAAUUUUUUUAAACACUUAAAACUAUAUAACCCAAAAAAAGAUAUGUUCAAAAUAUUAAAUAAAUCUUUAAUAAAAUAUUAA